AUGCUCAUCUUUGCGCCUGCCUUCUUGGCUGCUGGUAUCUAUUUGACACUUAAGCAUGUAGUCAUCCAGUUUGGCGAGGAAUGGAGCAGAGUCCGACCGAAUUGGUACACGUAUAUCUUCAUCGCUUGCGACAUCUCUUCGUUGGUUAUGCAGAGUGCGGGUGGCGCGCUGGCGGCCACGGCAGACCCGGGCGAGAGCAUUGGAGACGUCGGGACGGACCUCAUGAUUGCGGGUAUUAUCUGGCAGGUCGUUGUACUGGUGAUAUUUGGUCUCCUCGUACUGGAGUACAGUAUCCGCACCUACCACCGUCGCGAUCAGCUCUCUGCUUCGGCGCUCAGGCUCUGGUCAAACCGACGCUUCCGAUUCUUCUGCGGUGCCGUUGUAGUCGCAUACACCGCUAUAUUCGUUCGAUGCGUGUAUCGCAUUCCUGAACUGCUCGGAGGCUGGGGAGGUGAACUCAUGCGUAACGAGACUGAGUUCAUCAUACUAGAGGGCGUGAUGAUUGCGAUUACGGUGGCGGCGCAAACAGUAUUCCACCCGGGACUGUGCUUCCCUGCGCUAGGCAAUACCAUGGGCAAGCAGAAGUAUGUCAAGGCCGGUAAAUCGGAGUCGGAAAUUGAGAUGAUGACGCCGGGCGAGACGGCGUCUAGGAGGGAUAUAUCGUACGAGGCUUCUAGGGCAUAG